AUGCGCCUUAACUUCACGGCAAUUCUGAUCUUCAUUAGCGCAUGCAUACACGGUGUCUGUUCUCUGUCCUGCGCGUCGGAUUAUGAGCCAUGUUUUGCGAAAGGCGCAGACCGCGGUGCAUCACCGCCCAGUAUUGGAGAUGACAUGGUGGGGCUUUAUACAGAUUUGGUGGCCAGCGUGGAAGGAUAUUCGCUGAAGAGGGAUGUUCUUUCAGUCGCGGACCCAAGUUCUCAAGGUAUAGCGGCUGGUCUUUUGCAGCGUAGGGAUGAUGAGAGGGGUAGUUUAUGCUGCUGGUCGGGAAUGCAAUGUCUUCUUCUGAAAGGGCGCAAGAUCUCAUUCUGCUGGGAUCGCUUCACGACGAAUUUCUUCUUUCCGGACUCCUCUCACGGCUCCAUAGCGACGGGAAUUUACGUUACCUCAUCCCAAGACACCGUUAACCUCAUCCUCGGUAACUACACUCUCUCGUCUGGCGAAAGGGGAAACAUAUACUCGUCCUCUCCCGGCUCCAAGCCAAAUCUCAGCACGCUACAUCUGCCCAGCCAGUUCACCGCAAGUGGAGAGGGUACGGCCAUUCCGGGCAGCGAGCUGGGCGCGCCGGCGGAAACAGCGACAGGACCAGGACAGGAUGGCCCUCGACCAACACGAGCAACUGUGACAGUCACAGUCAGCGGUGGGGCCUCCGCGACGAAGUCGGCUGAUGCUGCGACACUCAAAAGCUCUCAGUCAUAUAUAUCUGCUGUCAUCAGUGCGAUUCUUGCUGCCCUAGCAAUGUGAAGAAGACAAUAAGGGAUACACCAGGAUUACAUCAAAGUCACCCCAG